AUGGUCCAAGCUAAGACGUGGAUCCUGACCAAACACUUUGACGGCUUCCCCAAGGAAAGCGACUUCCAACUCAAAGUGGAGGAGCUCCCCGAGCCCAAAGACGGACAGGUGCUUUUGGAAGCGUUGUUUCUCAGUGUUGACCCUUACAUGAGGUGGGUGAAACUUCGCAUGAAAGAAGGAGACGUGAUGAUCGGAAGUCAAGUGGCCAAGGUGAUCCAGAGCAAAAACAAAGCCUUUCCAGUCGGGACCCACGUGGUAGGGCGUGGCGGAUGGAGAACGCACACCAUCUCGGACGGGUCUGACCUGGUGCCCAUCAUGGCUGACUGGCCUAAGGACGUCUCGCUGUCCUUGGCUCUGGGCACUGUGGGCAUGCCUGGGCUGACGGCUCUGUACGGAAUCGAAGAAGUCCUGGCGCUGAAGUCCGGCGAAACCUUGCUUGUCAAUGCAGCGGCAGGGGCGGUGGGCUCGGUGGUGGGGCAGAUCGCCAAAAUCAAGGGCUGCAAAGUAGUGGGUUCGGCGGGGUCCGACGCCAAAGUGGCCUUCCUCAAAGAGCUGGGCUUUGACCAGGCUUUCAACUACAAAACCGUACCGUCCCUGGACGAAGCCCUCAGGAAAGCUGCUCCUGAAGGAUACGACUGUUUUUUUGAAAACGUGGGAGGUGCGUUCUCCAGCGUCGCCCUGUCACAGAUGAAAGAUUUCGGAAGAAUAGCCGUGUGUGGAAGUAUAUCCACGUAUAAUGACAUAGAAUCUCAGACAGGUCCAUAUCCUCAAAUGACCAUGAUCUUCAAGCAGCUGAAGAUGGAGGGGUUCAUGCAAAGCAGAUGGCAGGCAAAGCACCCAGAGUCCUUGAAGAGACUCAUGGGUUGGUUGAAAGAGGGUAAAGUGCAGAGUCGCGAGCACGUCACCAAGGGCUUUGAAAACAUGCCGGCGGCUUUCAUGGGAAUGCUGCGAGGUGAAAACACCGGCAAGGCCAUAGUGGCAGUCUGA